AUGAGGAAUAAAUAUGUUAUCUUGGUCAUCUGCAUUGUGGCAGUGGUCGUCAUCGAAAAGGAAAACAAUAUUAUAUCAAAGGUUUCUGACAAGCUUUCGCUCCUGCAGGCACCCCAGACCCCAGACCCUCUCUGCUUUAACUGCUCCAAUGCACCAGGGGAAAAUUCCACCCAGUUUUUAGAGCCAGGACAAAAGCACAUCCUCUUAUUGGCCACCACUCGCACUGGAUCCUCCUUUGUUGGUGAGUUUUUUAACCAGAUUGGCUCCAACAUGUUUUACAUGUUUGAGCCACUAUGGCACGUAGAAAGGACACUUUCCCACAACACUGACUUCCCAAACACCACAAUUUCAUCUCUUGCGUACCGGGACGUGUUGUUGAGCCUGUUUCUGUGUGACUUCUCACUACUGGAGCAAUUUAUCAGCCCACCUCCUCAGGAUCAUGUCACCCCUGCGCUAUUCCGCCGUGAGUCCAGUAAGGCUUUGUGUGAAGAGGAGGUGUGCACACCCGUAAUAAGGACUGUUUUUGAGAGAUACCGUUGCAAAACUCGCCGCUGUGGGCCUCUCAACCUUACUCUGGCGUCAGAGGCAUGUCUGAGGAAGGAGCACAGGGCGAUCAAGACGGUCAGGGUUCGGCAGCUGGAAGCACUGCGCUUGCUGGUGGAAGAUCCACGACUGGACAUCAAGAUAAUACAGCUGGUGCGAGACCCCCGUGCUGUCCUGGCAUCAAGAAUGGUAGCCUUCUCAAAGAAGUACCAGACCUGGAAAAGUUGGGCAGCAAACGGAGAGGUGCCCAUAGAGGACGAAGAAGUGAAAAGGCUUCAAGGAAACUGCAAUCAACUCCGUGAGUCUGCCGAGCUGGGCUUGAGCCGACCCGAUUGGUUGGAAAAUCGAUACAUGCUCGUACGCUACGAGGACAUCGCCAGAUACCCCAUGCAAAAAGCUGCUGAGAUGUAUAGAUUUAUUGGGAUCCCAUUCACGUCACAGGCGAAGGAGUGGAUCCUUAAGAAUACACAUGCUUCUGAAGUUGCCAGUGGAGUUUACUCUACACAGAAGAACUCUUCAGAGCAGGUGGAAAAGUGGCGCUUUGGCAUACCCUUCAAUCUAGCUCAAGUUGUGCAGGAAGUUUGCGGGCCGUCUAUGGAACUGUUUGGUUAUCGAUUUGUUGACAGUGAAGAGACACUGGUUAAUAAGUCUAUAAGUUUACUUGAGGAAAAACUAUUUAAUUUACCCUAAAUUAUGUAAAACAGCAGAAAGAAGCAAUUUGCCUCACAUUGGGGGACUAAGGUUGAUCCUGAACUACUGUUUGUCUGGAAUGCUUGCUGGUGUCUGUGUGAAUUUCUUCAGGGUACACUGGUUUUAUCCAAUCUUUAUGAAUAUGAACGUAAGCUGACUGGCUUUCCUAAAUUGCACCUACACUGUUGUGACGAUGCCAGUUUAGAUUUUCUAUGAAGUGACUCUUUGAAAGAACUAUUUUUAAUCUGUGAGGAUGCCAUCACCUGUCAUGUGCCAUCACAGCAAUCCUUUAUUUAUUCCAAGGUCGUAAUCACAAUAUGUAAUGCCCCCCAUUUACUGGUGUAAAAAUGAUAAAUAAACAAAUUCCACACACUAGCUUUGCAUAAUGUUGUAAUUUGUCAGUGUUUCCAGUUUCCAGUUGAUAUGACAGGAAUGUUUUUGAACAGCAGGAAUCCCCCCACCCCACCUCCCAACAUUCAAUUCAUGGCUACGACCUUGAUUUUAUU